AAAGAGCUAAAAAAGUGGGAUGAGUUUGAAGAUAUGUUGGAGGAGAGGAGGCAUGCCAGUGACUUGAAGUUUGCCAUGAAAUGCUACACCCCCACUGUGUAUAAGGGAAUCAUUCCCUGCAGGCCAAGUGACAUCAAGGACAGUGUUCUCAACUCUGAGGAGCUUCAUUACGUCAUUAAACAGCUUUCCAAGGAGUCCCCCAAGUCUGCUGAUGACCUCAGGGAGGAAGCUAGUGAAAUCUUGGAAGAAAUGAGUCACAAGCUGCGUGUGGGAGCCAUUCGAUUUUGUGCCUUCAUCUUGAGCAAAGUUUUCAAACAAAUUUUCUCAAAGGUGUGUGUGAAUGAGGAAGGCAUUCAGAAGCUACAACGAGCUAUCCAAGAAUACCCUGUGGUCCUGCUGCCCAGUCAUCGGAGUUACAUUGACUUUCUGAUGCUGUCAUUUAUUUUGUACAACUAUGACUUACCUGUGCCAGUUAUAGCAGCAGGAAUGGACUUUCUGGGAAUGAAAAUGGUCGGUGAGCUGCUCAGGAUGUCUGGAGCCUUUUUCAUGCGGCGCACCUUUGGCAACAAUAAACUGUACUGGGCCGUGUUCUCUGAAUACGUAAAGACGAUGUUGCGGAAUGGUUAUGCUCCUGUUGAAUUUUUCCUCGAAGGGACAAGGAGCCGCUCCACCAAGACUUUGACACCUAAACUUGGUCUCCUGAAUAUUGUGAUGGAACCAUUUUUUAAAAGAGAAGUUUUUGAUACCUACCUUGUCCCAAUUAGCAUCAGUUAUGACAGGAUACUGGAAGAAACUCUUUAUGCCUCUGAGGUCCUAGGAAUUCCUAAGCCAAAAGAAUCUACCAAGGGAUUGUUGAAAGCUGGAAAGAUUCUCUCUGAGAACUUUGGCAACAUCCACGUGUACUUUGGAGACCCUGUGUCACUCCGAUCUCUAGCAGCUGGGAGGAUGAGGCAGAGCCCAUAUAACUUGGUUCCAAGAUACAUCCCUCAGAAACAGUCGGAGGACAUGCAUGCCUUUGUCACCGAAGUUGCCUAUAGGAUGCAGCUUGUGCAAAUUGAAAACCUGGUCCUGAGCCCGUGGGUCCUGAUAGCUGCUGUUCUGCUUCAGAACCGACCGUCCAUGGACUUCAGUGCCCUGGUGGAGAAGACUAUCUGGCUGAAGGGCCUGACGCAGACAUUUGGAGGGUUCCUCGUUUGGCCUGAUAAUGAAACUCCUGAGCAAACUGUCCAGUCCAGCAUCCUCUUGCACUCCAACCUUGCCAGCCUUGUGAACGACCAGGUGAUUCUGAAACUGGACUCAGCGGACUCGGAGGUGGUUGACGGACUCUUUUUCCAGCACAUCUCUCUCCUCAUGUGCUCAGCUUACAGAAACCAGUUGCUCAACAUUUUUGUCCGUCCGUCCUUAGUGGCUGUAGCCUUGCAGAUGGCACCUGGGUUCAGGAAAGAGGAUGUCUACAGCUGCUUUUCCUUCCUACGCAAUGUGUUUUCAGAUGAGUUCAUCUUCCUUCCAGGAAACACACUCAGAGACUUUGAGGAAGGCUGUUACCUGCUGUGUAAAAGUGAGGCCAUACAGAUGAUGGGGCAGGACAUCGUCAUCACAGAGGAAGGGCGUGCUGUGUCAGAGUUUCUCGUGGGACUCUUGAGACCUUUCGUGGAAUCCUACCAGAUAAUUUCCAAAUACCUCUUGCUUGAAGAAGACUGCUUCACUGAUAAACAGUACAUGGCUGCGGUGAGAGUGUUCACAAGUCAGCUUCUGGAUGAAGGUGCCUCUCAGUGUUAUGACGUGUUGUCUUCCGAUGUGCAGAAAAAUGCCUUUGCAGCGUUCGUGAGGCUCGGGUCGAUAGAGAAGAAGAAGGUGAACAAUGGCUACCUGUUUAGUGUGAAUGAACCGGCCGCAGCCAAACUAGAGGAAAUGCUUGGUUGCAGGACGCCAGUAGGAAAACCAGCCACUGCAAAACUUUGAUAGUCACCGAAUGACUGUGGACAAUAUGUUUCUCUGAAGACAGUCAAGAAGGACUUCUGCCAAAAAUAGGUAUGCCAAGUGAGAGACGUGUCUUCUGGUGCUCAAGACCCUGUGAUCCUGCCUCAGCUGAGAGGAAGAGAUGACCAGUGUGAGCAAUCAGUCAUGUUCCCACCACCACAGCUCAUAGUGUCUCUGUCACCCUGUAUAUUUUAAAAUAAAAUGGUCUUUUGAAAGCA